AUGUCUAAGCUUGACCGCCGUAACCAAGCCAAGCAGCGGCAAAUCGAGAAGCACAGGGAGCACCAGAAGGAAACUUCAGUCUUUGCUGGUCGCGAUGGAGCGCCGAGAAACGUGGCUGUCAUUCCCCUUUGCAGCGAUGGUGACGCCAUCACAGCAAUUCAGGCUUUGAACCAGAGCCUUGACAUCGAGCACGAGCUUACAUAUGGCCCUUCAAGAGUUUCCGUCGACAGAUUCAAGCAAAAGUUGCAAUACUUCCCGGUCAAGAGAGACCUCAAUGCCUGUCUGGAUGCUGCAAGAGUUGCGGACUUUGUGGUGCUCAUUCUUUCAGCGGAAGAGGAAGUGGAUGACCUGGGAGAGUUGAUCAUACGGAGUGUGGAGAGCCAAGGCCUUUCAACUCUUUUCACCGUUGUGCAAGGCCUCAAGAACAUACAGCCCGCGAAGCAGCAGCAGUCAGUCUUGGGAUCACUGAAAUCCUACAUUACCCACUUCCACCCGGAGCAGGACAAGAUCUACAGCCUGGACAAUCGCCAGGAGUGUUCCAACCUGAUGAGAUCUCUUUGCAGCACAACGCCAAAAGGCAUUAGGUGGCGAGACGAGAGAAGCUGGAUGCUGGUAGAGAACGUCAAAUUCGCCCAGACGGAGGAGGCGGCGACAGUGCUGACCGGAGUGAUCAGAGGAAAAGGUCUCAAAGCAGACCGUCUGGUGCAGGUUGGGGACUGGGGCACGUUUCAAAUUGAGAAGAUCACAACCGCCCCUCUUUCAAAACGUGGGAAGAAGUCAGACGAGUCUAUGAACCUAGAAGGGGAAGGCUCUGAUGAAGUUCUGGAAGUACCCGACGAGGACCAAGAUGACCUUGUGGACCUUGCACCAGAAGAAGUCAACAUGGACGAUGCUGAUGAUAACAUCGACGCCACGUCUGUUGCCGCUUCGACAAAGAAGGGCGUUCUGCUUGAUGAUCACCAUUAUUUCUCUGAUGAUGAGCCCGAAGCCUACACCAAACCCAAGCGAGUUCCCAGGGGCACGUCAAAAUAUCAGUCUGCCUGGUAUCUGGAUGACGAUGUCUCAGAUUCGGGGUCUGAUCUCGAGGAUUUCGAUAUGAAGGAUGUCGACGAAGAUGAUGCCGAAGACGAGCUUGAGGAUAGUGGUGAGGGCAUGGCUGUGGACAGACAAACAGAGGCUGGUCCCUCCGAGUAUCCACAGUCAGAGAUGUUCGUGGAGCCUAAUGAGGAUGAAGACGCUGAGCAAUUAGCAGCCUUCCGAUCAAGGAAACGGGACGAGGCCAAGGAUGACCUUGAGUUCCCCGAUGAGAUUGAGCUUCAUCCGAACGUUCUUGCUAGGGAGAGGCUUCUCAGAUAUCGUGGACUCAAGAGCUUGCGAACUAGUCCAUGGGAACAAGAUGAAGAUAAGGCUUAUGAGCCGGAGGAAUGGCGUCGGUUGUUACAAAUCUCUGAUUACCAGGCUUCUCGUGUUCGAUCAGCUCGUGAAGCCCUAGUCGGAGGCGUCGCUCCUGGAACGCGUGUUCAUGUGCACCUCAAGGGAGUCCCCACGUCUAUUCAGGAAACUUGGGAUCCAAGCCUUCCGAUCACCUUAUUUUCUCUUCUGAGACACGAAAACAAGCGGACAGCAGUCAAUUUCUUGAUCAACUUGAGCUCUGAUUAUGAGAACUCGAUCAAAGCCAAGGAAGAGUUGAUCAUGCAAUGCGGCCCUCGGCGCCUUGUGAUCAAACCACUCUUCUCUCAGAGUGGUAGCACCCCGAAUGAUGUCCACAAAUACUGUCGAUAUCUUCACCCGGGUCAAUCCGCCGUGGCGACCUUUAUGGGCCCUGUCACAUGGGGAGCUGUUCCAACCUUGUUCUUCAAGAGGUCCGCUCCUAGCCAGGAAAGUGGUGAGGAUGAGUCCAGUGUACCCCUGACCCUCAUCGCGACUGGAACCGCUCUUCCACCCUCUACCUCUCGAGUUAUUGCCAAGAGAGUUGUUCUCACUGGACACCCGUACCACAUUCACAAGAAGAUCGUAACCAUUCGCUACAUGUUCUUCAACCGGGAGGAUGUCGAAUGGUUCAAGGCGUUGCCUCUUUGGACAAAACGAGGACGCAGUGGCUAUGUCAAGGAGAGCCUUGGAACUCACGGUUACUUCAAAGCAACGUUUGAUGGCCGCAUCAAUCCCCAGGACACUAUCGGUGUUAGCUUGUACAAGCGGGUCUGGCCGAGAAGCGCGACUCCUUUCAAAGGUUCUUUGCUGGAUUUCGACCGGCAAGGAGCUCUAGACGAAGCGAUGGAUGAAGAUAUUGCAUGA